GAGGAGGGGGGAUGGAAGAGGAGGGGCGUCAGGAAGAGGAAGAGGAGGUUGAAAGGCGGAUGGAGCAGAGCAGAGAGAAGCGCGCGGUCAGCCCUGCCUGAAUUCGCAGCCCCCACCUGUGGGAUCAUUGCCCCCCAUCCCGCAGGAUUUCCCAUUCCCAGCCCCUGGGAGGCUGCGAGGAAGAGGAAGAGCCUCUCCUUGUCCUUCCUCCCCCAGAGCAGGAGCUGAGGAUGGAGAGCAGGGAGGACAAAUCCCCGCGGCAGAACCUGGUGGAAGAGGCCGUUUUGAGCGGCUCCACAGCGCAGGAACCCGACGGGGAGGAAAAGCCCCGGAGAUCCCGCACGAGGAGGGGCUGCAAACGCAGAUCGCGGGGAUCUGAGGGGGAAAGACCCACCCUGGGCCGGGGAGGCGGCUGGAGAUGGAGCCAGAGCUCAGAGCUGGGGGUCUCUGAGCAGCUCCAUGAUGGGGAGAAGCCCCACAAGUGCUCGGAGUGUGGGAAGAGCUUCAGGUGGAGCUCUGACCUGAUCGUGCACCAGAGGAUCCACACUGGGGAAAGGCCCUACGAGUGUUCCAAGUGUGGGAAGAGGUUUCAGACCAGCUCCCAUCUCCUCCAGCACUAUCCGGUUCACACAGAGGAGAGGCCCUUCUGCUGCCCCGACUGCGGGAAGGGAUUCAGGCAGAACUCCCACCUCCUCAGGCACCAGCGCAUCCACACCGGGGAGAGGCCCUACGAGUGUCCCCGGUGUGGGAAGAGAUUCUCAAGGAACUCUCACUUGACCCGACACCAACAGAGGCACCGGUAAGGGAAGCCCUGCGAGUGCCCCGAGUGCGAGAAGAGCUAAACUCCAUCCCCCACUGGAGGACCCACAUUGGGCACAGCCCUGGUGACCCACAUUCCCUGUCAUCCAUGUUGGGAACACACCUGGCUGCUUCUCCUUUAGUGUUGACCUUUAUUUUUUUCUCUUCUCAAUCUCUCUGUGCUCCAAGAGCCAAGAGGGAUCGAUCUUUCACCUCAAAACCACUCACAUCCCACUGAAAACAACUGAAUUUUAACCCACAGAGCCUUAAUCCCACCUCAAAUUCCUUCUGUCCACCACAAAAAAAAAACUUAAUCCCACACCAAACUCACUCGAUUCCACAGCUGCCAGGGUGAGAUGGGUUUGGGAGGAGAUCGGGAGAAGUGGGAUCCCAAUUUGGAGCGGUGAGAUGGGGAUUGUGUGGGGCUGGGUGGCUGGGAUGUAUUUGAUAGCAAAUAAAACUUUCAGACUUAGU